AUGUCAAACAACCCCUUUACGGAGAUGUUAUCUCCUGCGUCUACCGGAUCUAGGGGUGGUCGAAAUAGACCGCACGAGGAGGCCUCCAGAGUUGUUCCUAGUGUCAACAGAUCACGGAAGGAGGAGGCUUUUGGCUCGCAUUCCAACUAUUACGAUGACCAUGAUCUUCCUCCUCCAUACGAUGAAGUGACUAACAAGUACAAAAAAGACGAGUAUCCAAAGGACGAGAAAACUAGAAAGAGCAGUGAUUCUGGCUCUUCUGGCUCUUCUUUGAACCCGUUUCCCGCCUCAUCUGUUCCAAAGCAGAGUCACAAGCCUCGGAGCGAUUCAAAUCGUAAGCGGCUAGAUGCUGAACAGUUGACAGGGACUGUAGUGACUAGAAUUGCUUCAGAUGGGAGGGUGAGAUCAAAAAGUGCCGGAGAGCCAAGUAGACCGCGGAAAAGCAGCGAGCAAAAAUCUUCCAGGCAUCAUAAAGAGCAUAGGUCACACCGUCAUCAUCGCUCAAAAAAGCACACUGUGAUGGAGAAACCGAAAAAUUUGGAUACGAUCGACAAAUUGGAUGUCACAGGGUUCUUUUCCGGUGGAGGGUUUCAUCAUGACGGUCCUUUCGAUGCAUGCACGCCACACAGAAACAAAGACACUAAAGCUGCGCCUGUAAUGGCUUUUCCAGCCGAUGGCCCAAAUAACUCUAUCAAAGGAAUGGCUCCCAAAAAUGCAAGAGAGCAACAAAUUGAUAUGGUGUUCGGGUAUAACGAAGAGGAUUCUAUUUACACUCCAAAAACACAGUCUUCGCAUGUCCCUGGAAAGAGUCCAUAUAGCAAUGGAGUGGUUGUGAAACGUGCUUCAACCUCAAAUAGCACUUUGCUAGAUUUGAAACCGAAUCCAAACGUUGUGGCGUUCGACUCGAAUGUCAAAUCAGCCCCAAUUCACGGUGAUACCACACUAGGCUUGGGCUCUUCUACAUUCUUGGAUGGUGCGCCGGCUUAUGGUGCGCAAGAAAGGAAAGACAGCGGAGAACUGGGAAGAAAGAAAAGUCUUGUGGACAGAUUGCGCAAAAAGGACGAUGAGACUACAGGUCUGUUAAGGAGAGUCAAAAGUUUGAAAGUUUCCUCUAGAAGGUAA